AUGUACUGGGCGGAAACACCGUCCGGACCGUGCGACGACGUCGAGGUGGAGGAAGAGUGGUUCCGGGGCGCAAUGGCGGCUAUCUGCGAUGCCGCCAUGCCCCGGAUUCGCGCUCCGCCGCGGCGGCCCGUGUACUGGUGGUCGGACGAGAUCGCUGCCAUGCGAGCUAGCAGUGUGGUGGCCCGACGCCGGUUUACGCGUUUCCGCCGCAGACGAAGUCGCGACCUGGCGAGGGAGGAGGAGCUAUACCGUGACUACCGCCAGGCAACGGUGGCCCUCCAGUCAGCCAUCAAGGACGGCAAGGCUCGAGCCUGGAACGAGCUCCUGGACUUUCUGGACCGCGAUCCGUGGGGCCGACCCUACCGGAUCGUUAUAGGGCGCCUGCGACCACCGGCGCCCCCGGUCACGGAGAGUCUAGACCCCGACGUGCUCGAGCGGGUCGUCGAUACACUCUUUCUGGACGAUCCGGAGGAGCGAGGAUCAGCCGAGCAGGCAGACCCGAUUACCUGGCCCGCCAACGUAGGGGUUUCCGAACAGGAGCUCGCCGAUGCCGUCGCUAAGCUCGGGACCCGCAACACGGCCCCGGGCCCUGACGGCAUUCCUGGCCGGGCCUGGGUAAUGGCCUUGCGCGUCCUCGGGCCCCGCUUCCGGCGGCUGCUGGACGGCUGCCUGAAGUCGGGGCGCGUGCCGUGA